AUGCGUCUAACCAUACAUGAUAAAUAUCGGAAUCCAUUCCAUAUGAAAAGGAACCGCAAAAUUCGAUUAGCAUUGUUUCUUGCAAUAGUGAUAUCCCUAAACUUCCUAAUUUGGAAUCAAGAUACAUAUCUACAAUAUUCAAAUCUUAUAACAUAUCCAGAAGACACUACUAUAACAAUCCGACCCACGACUUUUACAAGUGAAUUUGACACUAGACUAGAAAAAACCCUUAGCAAGGAAGAUGUAAAAGGCGUAGCCAUUAUAACCCCCGAGGACUUCAAUACUAUUGAAUUACCUUCUGCAACGCGUGAUUAUCAACCAUUCGAUGCCCGGUUCACCCUUGGCGCAUUGUUGCAUUAUCUUGACCAAUCUGACAUAGAGGAACUACCUGGAUUCCACUGGGCAGAUUUCACAAGUAUGGAACCAUUGGAAAAGUAUCUUUUCAGUGUGAAGAUGUCUUGUUCUGAUUUUGAUAUCCGAACAAAAAACCAAGCCAGAAAUGCUAAAGAAGGUAGGAUGGAUCCAAAGAGCUACUGCGUUGAUGAUGCAGAUAUACCGAACUUAAUUGAAACUUCAAAAAAUGAGGAGCUAGUUAAAAAUUUGAAAUAUAUUCAAGCACAAAAGUAUUCAACCGGAUUUCACAUGUUUAAGGAUUGCCUUAGGCAAUCCUUUGAGUUUCGGCCCAUAAUAGGUAGAUCUUAUUUGUACGACUUUAUGCCACCACCACAGUCAUUAGUUCUUUUGUUCCCCGAAUUCAAGGCAUUCCAAAUUGAUAUAAACAAAGACAAUAAAUUGAAAUUGGUUCAGUAUUCUGCACUCCUGGAAAGAAUUAUAAACGUGAGGGAGAUUCUCAGUAAGUUUAUGAAGACUUUACCUAUGCAAGCUAACCCUGCGUCCCAGAGAAUAGAGCUAAGUCACGAGGAUUUUAUUGACAAAUCACCAGAAAUAAUAGAAAUCUUGCAAAAUUCUGAAGAACCAUUAUCACAAAGAGAUCAACUGUAUUUAAACGGAUUGAAGUUUUCCAAAGAAAUAAAAAUCCCCUACAAACAUUUCUCUGAAGCUAGGGUAAUCUCAACCCAAAGGGAUUUUUCCCUCGGUGCGCAUUAUGAUUGGAGAUUUUUUAACGGAGAUGUAAAAGGAACUGAUAAAAAUGACGUGACUCUUCACGCAUUAGUAAAGGUACUUUUCAAGUUGGCAAAUGCAUACAACCUUAGAUGCUGGAUUGUACAUGGAUCAUUAUUGUCCUGGUAUUGGAAUGGUUUGAGGUUCCCUUGGGAUAACGAUAUAGAUAUUUCAAUGCCAAUUGAUGACCUACAUAGGUUGACUAGACAAUUUAAUCAGAGUCUUAUUGUUGAUUUCGGUAAUGAUAUAGAUCUGCAAAUCCGUUAUGGGAGAUUCUUUUUGGAUUCGACAGCUUUUAUUAGCAGGAGAACCAGAGAGAAUGGAAACAAUAAUAUCGAUGCAAGAUUAAUUGACAUAGAUACUGGUAUGUAUAUUGACAUAACCGGGUUAGCAUUAACGGAUACUAAAGCUCCCGAACGUGAUGACUACUUACUAAAGGCAACAAAAUAUGAACGCGACUCUGAAAGAAACAUUCCAAAUAAGUCAAUUACCGAAUACGAUGUCAAUUCAUUCUUGCAAACUUAUAAUUGCAAGAAUAACCAUUUUUUCAGCUUAAAAGAAGUGAGUCCCUUACGGCUUUCUUUGUUUGAUGGAGAAUACAUGUAUGUCCCGAAUCAAGUAACUAAAGUUUUAAUGUCUGACUUUUCUCCGAUAUCGCUUGUUAAUAAAAAAUUUCAGGGAUAUACAUAUAUACCAAUAUUGCGACUUUGGUUGAAAACUCAUAUACUUGAUGAUUUCUUAUUUGAGAAUGCAAAGAAAACCAACAAGCAAAUCAAACAAAGAAUGCGGGUUAUAGAAUUAAAUGAGGAACAAUGCUUAGAAUUGUUAAAAUCAAACAGGGAUAUACUAGUGCAGUAUUUGAGAACUAAAAGGGUGACGGAAUACCACGACAACGAAAUUAGGAAAAUCAUUCAAGGUGAAUCCUCCGCAUCAUUAAAUUUCGAAGACGGAACCUUGAUAGAUAAUAGGGCAGAGCUUAGACCUGAUCUAUUCACCUGGAAUUCCCUAAAUGAAGCAAACAGCUAUGGCAAAGAUUGGGAACGUGUGAAUAACUUAAUUAAAGAAUAUGAAGAGAAUGGUAAACAAGUAGUGGAAGUCACGCUUGGGCGCGACGUAAUACCGUUAGAGAAGGAAAAACCCAACACUCCAGGUGAUAUUGGAAAGGUUCUAUUACAAGAUAAUUUAAGGAUCCCUGGUUAG